AUGAGUAAAAAUUAGAAAAGAAAAGUUAAAAAGCAUUUAGCAGAGGAGCUCCCGCUUUCUCAGAAUAAAGCUGAAAAUCUGGAUACUAAGCAAUUAUCGCCUUAAGAAAAUAAAAAGCACAAAACUACUUACAAACUAGAGGAUGAUAUAGAUCUAAAUUCUAAGGCUAAAUUGUAAAAAUCUGAAGUAAAAUAUGAAAAAUAGCAGAACUAUCUCAUGCAAAACCCAUAUAUGAUGAGCAAUCAAAAGAUUUUAAAAGAUUUAAAGUAAAAAACAAAAGGAAUUGAUGGGGAUAUGGUUAUGAGAAUUAAAGAACUUAGACAUAAUGGAAGUCUUUUUAAGAAAAGAUAGCCAGCUAUACUUUCUUGCUAUAAUUGUGAUCAAACAUUGUAUUCAAUAACAAAGCAAGUUCCUUCUCCUUGUCAAGUACUUACUUGUUUCCUAUUGUUUGGAACUGUUAUUGCAUCACCUUGUGCUUUUGUGCCAUUUUAUUUUGAAGAGUUUUAUAGUUAUAGACAUUUUUGUGGCAGCUGUGGACGAUAUUUAGGUGAUUCGAUACGUCAAUGA